AUGGUCCGCAUCGCCCUCGCCCAGACCAACCCCCUCUCCGCCCCUCCAGGCAUCCCCUCCCUCGAAAAGCCCCACUCCACCUCUCCCUUCCCCUCCAUCGACUACAAUCUCACCGAUGCCGUCCAGUGCGUCGAACAGGCCGUCAAGCAAAGCGCAGAUGUGGUCGUCUUUCCAGAGUACUUUCUGCAGGGUAUUGUGAACGAGAACAGGCAGUACUUGACAUUUGCCUCGCAAUACCUAUUGGCGUUCUUCCAAGAGCUCGCCAAAGAGCACAAAGUUGCUCUCGUUGGCACGAUUGUCCACGGAUCCCGCUCCAACGCUCCAUUCCCUCAAGUAAACCCGUUCUCCCAUAUUCCCCUCCGUUCAGGCUCCUCCACAUCCGCCGAGCACAGCAAGAUCACGUCUGCCCAGCUUGAAUGGGCCAAGUAUUUCGAGCAGCACCCGCUCAGCACAGAGGAAGGAGUUGAACCAGUGGCAAAGAAUAUCGCAUUCUUCAUUGAUGAUGAAGGCAAGGCUGUGGGAGAGUAUGUAAAGCAAAACCUGUGGCACCCCGAGAGAGAGUACCUCAAGCCCGGAGUUGAGCCCAGGCAGGUCUUUGACACCAAAUGGGGUAAGGCCGGUCUUCUCAUCUGCUGGGACAUGUCCCACCCCGCCGCCGCUCAAGACCUUGCCAACCUGGGAGCAGACAUCAUCUUCACUCCUACUUACUGGAUGGCCACGGACAGCGAACCUCUGAUCCACAAACAUCAACAUGACCCCGACUACGAGACUACUGUUGUCUCGGCCCUCUGCCUCACUAGGUCUUUCGAGACAGAGACGGUAUUUGUCAUGUCUAAUGCAGGCGGAGAUGCGCGUGAAGGGUUCAUGGGCGGAAGUGGAGUUUGGGCGCCAUUGAGAGGCAGGGUAGGAGGCUGUGGUGUUGGAAAGGAGGUGAAGAUUGUGGAUGUUGAUGUUGGUGUUUUGAAGGAUGCGAGAGAGACGUAUAAGAUCAAGGAGGACUGGAGUCGCAAGAACGCCACUUAG